AUGGCUCGUGCAGAGAACCAGCUAUGGAAGGAAUUGCAAGACCUCAAGUUCAACUUCAUCAGAGCGCACGGUCCUAGUACAUGGCUGCACGUUUAUCUGGUAGAACUCGACAUCAGGAUGCAGAACUUGCUCAUCACCGGAAGCACUGAUCUGCAUUGCACUCGCCGGCUUGUUGCCGUUUAUCAUCAGGAGUCCUGGCUUCUACAGCAGGGCACGCACGAGUAUGAACAAGCCGUCACUGAUCGUGCCUUGACUAUCUUCGGGCGAGGAGUGAAUAAGACAUACUUUCAGAAGGUUUACGGCUUCUAA